CUAGAAAUCAAUAUGGCGUCUUUAUAUUUAUAAAAUUAAUUUCAUAACAAAAAAGGAUAUGGACGAACUCGGAAGCAGUUCACAGGAUCUUCCUGAUGGUAAUAAAUUGAAAUAUCUCAUGAAAGCUUUUGAAUCUUUUGUACGACACUAGAUGUUGAUCGUCUUUAAAUGUUUUUUCAGAUAUUGCUGUGCUCAAAGCCACCAUUGAAGAGUUAAGACGAAGAGAGCAACAGCUCCUACGAAGUAAGGAGCAGAACGAAAUUGAGUUCGGCCAAAGAAGGGCAAAAUUUAAAGAACUCUUUAUGGCAAGAGAAGGUAUCAUUGCUUCAUAUGUAAAUAUUUCGAAUUGUUCCUUAAUGAAUUUGGCCUUUCAAGAAUACAAGCUUGUGUGCAUUUGAGGUUUGUGGUUUCAGCUUUUAAAUCUUAAUCUGUGUGGCUAGUUUGUAUAUGUAUUUUUACAUCCUAGAAAUAUUUUAUAAUUUUUCAAUUCUUUAAUGCUUUCUGAAAUACAUGUGUUAAUCCUGCCCCUAUUAGGUGUAAGCUAUUAAGUGGACACUGUACUGAUUAUGCAACUGAAUGUACUUCCUUAACUUCGUGGAAAUACUGAAAUUUAAAUAAAUUUCAAACUCGUGAUGAUAAGUUAAAAAUGUUUGGGCUUCAAUGUCAUGCCAUCAUUGUCUUAUUGUGCUGUACCUGUUUGCUUUGUUUUUACUUGUUACAUUACAAUUAUGUAAGUCAGUGUACCUCAAGGAAGCUCUAGUCAUGGUGUUGAUGACUUUUUUGUGCUAACGCCAUUUCACAACACUGUUAGGAUUAUAAUUCCUAUGAUUUUGCAUUUGCAGAUGCUUACAGUGCAAAAGGCCAAAAAGGUUUUGCUAAACAAUUCGAAAUAUAAAAGUACAGCAGUUUAGCUAGUAAUUAAAAACCAAAAAUAUUAUGAAUUGUUUCAUUCAGGCAAAUAAUUUUGUGGGUAUCAAUUGACAUGAUGCCCAGUGCCUGUGAGUAUGGAAUAUCAAGUGUCAACCCAAUGACAGUAGGUGCUAUGGUCAAAUUUGAUUGUUGGUACUGAGUGAUAGACCCUAAAAUGGAUUUUGUUAUUUUCUUUUCAGAGGAACUUAAAAAAGAAAAGGCAAAGCUUCAGGCAAUUCAGGGAGAAGCAAGGAAACUUAAAAAUGAAUUGCAGAAAGUUCUAGCUGAGGGUGAUGGAUAUAGAGCUGCUGCAGUUUUGGCAGAGAAAUCUCAGAAAGAGGAACUAGAAACAAUGCGCUCAAAGUACCAAGAAGAGAUUGCGUCUUUACAACACAUCAUGUCUGGUAAGUUAAAUUAUUGAAUUAAUUAAGAGGAAACAGCAAAGAAGUACUUCCUCUGUGUUUUGAUAUUAAAGUUAAAGCUCACCAUCUCCAAAAAGGUUUUAAAUAUCAUAAUACAUAAUCAGCAGAUAUUGUCAUAUAAUAUGUAGAAAUGGGCAAAUCCUUGAGAAUAUAUUCAAUGUGUAAAUUGUGUAAAUUUUAUUAUUGCAGAGUCUGUGCGGGAGGCCAAGGAAAGUUCUGCAGAACAGUUUGAAAUAGAAAAGCACAAUCUUCUGGCCAGAAAUAAAAAAUUAGAAAAUGAAUUAACAAACCUCAAGUCCCUCCUUUCUACUGAAGAGGAGAGUAGCAACAGACCAAGAAUGUUGUCAGGGAUCUCUGAUGCAGUGGUCAAUGUCAUAAGAAGGAACACUACAGCAAGUGGUAAUUCUAGUGUUGAAGAUGAGGCUGUAUCACCUGAUGGAAAAUCUUUGGAGAAAAGCAUGGAAAAGGUAAAUGCAAGUUAAUGUUACUGACAAGAAAAAAAUAUUCUCACAAGUGAUCUGUAAUCAGAGUAAUUGCAGAAAAGAAGCAUGGAAAAACAUCGAGGCUGUGAUAAAAUGUGAACCUGUGCCUCCUGACUACAUCAUUGGGCACUACCACUAACUGUGCUAUAUAGCCACAAGUUUGUAGUUAACCUCCCUACAUGUGGCCUCUUACUACUUUUACUGUUAUUGAGAAUGAAAUUUUUGUUGUUCAGGUAUAAUUAGACAUUCGACUUACAGUUAAGAUAAGACAACUCAAUUUAUUAAAUAACCAGUUGACCCACUCCACAUUACAACUCUACAUUAGAAGAAGAUGAUAAUGAUGAAAACUUGGUAUCAUUAACAAACCAAUGACACUGGUUUUUGAAACAUUCUGUCAUGAUAGUGAUUUUGUUAACAGAACAUGGCUAUGAUCCCCCUUCAUAAGAGGAGGCUGAUACAGUUCCUGGAAAGUUUUAAAAAGAAAAGAAGUGAAAUUGCAGACAGCUUAUAGCUUUACCCUUAGAUAUUGUAAAAAAAACUUUUUUCCAUCUUUUUUAAAGGCCCAAGAGGAUGCAGAAGCCUGGAGAUCAAUUGUUAUGCCUUUAGAGGAGGUAACCAUUUUUUUGUUGUUGUUAUUUUGAUAUACUUAACAGAAAAUCUUGAUUUCUUUGUAUGUUUGUUUGUACCAUGAACCAUUAAAAAUUUUAUAUACCAGUUAACAAGACAAUUCUUUAUAUAUCAUAGCAACUUAACACUCAGCUUUUUAAGGGCCAAAGUUUAAUUUUUAAAUUAUCCAAUACAUUUUAUCUUGCUGUAUUUGGAACUAUAUUAUUAUUUCAAAAAAGGAAUUUGUUAAUGUUCAUCAAUAAUUGGUCAUCUUGUAAAUAGGUGCUUUUGUUAACCUUCCUGUUUAUGACAUUUUUUAUUAGGAAUUAUCCUUCACAAAAGCAAAAUUAAAAGAUUUACAAGAAAAGUUGCAAAUUGCAGAGGCCAAGCUUAAGGUGCGUUGUUGUGUUGUUAGUAAUAGCAUUUGUAGCUCCAAAUGAUAUCCAUACCAACCCUGACAGAGUGCUGCUGGAAACUUGUCACAAAUGCUUAAAGAAAAUAGGAUUUAUAAAUGAGAUCUUUAGAAGAGUGGGACAGGGGUCAGAUUAAAAACACUGCACUAGUACAGGGGUAUGGGUAUGUGUAUGGGUAUGGGUAUUUUUUUGACUAGCACAAUUAAAAAGUUCCAAUUUUUCAAUUGUGUUCCCAUAUUAUUCAAACAUUGUCUUUUUACUGUCAUUUUUGGUCAUCAGGAAGGAGAAAAUAAAAAAAAUGACAAAAAAUCAGAUGGUGGAGAAACUUUUUCAAGGGAAAGGUUUGAAGAACUGCAAGAAAAGGUAUUUAUGAACAUUGAAAAAGAAAGAAAUAACUAGAUCAAGAGAUUAAAACUAACUCAGAUCAGUUCCAAUCUUAUAGAAAUAACAUUAUUUUUGAAGGAAGUUGAUCAAAAAAGAGCUCAUUUUAUAAGGUUUUUCAAAUGCAUUUGUUUUUAUUUGGUUGAAGGUAAAAGAACUUAACCAAUAUCUAGAGGCUGAGCGGUCAUCACGCACAGAUCUAGAGAUGUAUGUGGCUGUCUUGAAUACUCAAAAGGGUCAGUUGUUACUUUCACUUUCAUCUGUAGUAUGUCUGUACCAUGUCCGUACCAUGUCUGUACCAUGUCUAUAAUAUGUCUUUACCAUGUCUGUACCAUGUCUGUACCAUGUCUGUAGCAUGUCUGUAGCAUGUCUGUACCAUAUCUAUAACAUGUCUGAUGCAUGUUGUGACCAUGUCUGUACCAUGUCUGUACCAUAUCUAUAACAUGUCUGAUGCAUGUUGUGACCAUGUCUGUACCAUGUCUGUACCAUAUCUAUAACAUGUCUGAUGCAUGUUGUGACCAUGUCUGUACCAUGUCUGUACCAUAUCUAUAACAUGUCUGAAGCAUGUUGUGACCAUGUCUGUACCAUGUCUGUACCAUAUCUAUAACAUGUCUGAAGCAUGUUGUGACCAUGUCUGUACCAUGUCUGUACCAUGUCUGUACCAUAUCUAUAACAUGUCUGAAGCGUGUUGUGACCAUGUCUGUACCAUGUCUGUACCAUAUCUAUAACAUGUCUGAAGCAUGUUGUGACCAUGUCUGUACCAUGUCUGUACCAUGUCUGUACCAUAUCUAUAACAUGUCUGAAGCAUGUGUGUACCAUAUCUAUAACAUGUCUGUACCAUAUCUAUAACAUGUCUGUAGCAUGUCUGUACCAUAUCUACAACAUGUCUGCACUGUGUGUCUGUAGCAUGUCUGUACCAUAUCUAUAACAUGUCUGUACCAUGUCUGUACCAUUCUGUAACAUGUCUGUAUCAUGUUUGUAACAUAUCAAUAACAUGUCUAUAGCAUGUCUGUAGCAUAUCUGUUGCAUGUCUAGUACAUGUAUGUAGCAUGUUUGUACCGUGUCUGUAGCAUGUCUGCACCAUAUCUAUAACAUGUUUGUAGCAUGUUUGUACCGUGUCUGUAGCAUGUCUGCACCAUAUCUAUAACAUGUUUGUAGCAUGUCUGAACUAUGUCUGCACCAUUUCUGCACAAUGUCUGCACCAUGUCCAUACCAUGUCUGCGCCAUGUCCCCACCAUGUCCGCACCAUGUCCGCACCAUGUCUGAGGCAUGUCUGUAGCAUGUCUGUAGCAUGUCCUUCCUAUGUCUGUUCCAUGUCUGUAGCAUGUCUGUAUUAUCUGCAAAUUUCUGAUUAUGAAAUUGUGCUAACAAAGUUAACUUGAAAGUUGUGAUUGAUUCUGUAGGGGUUUUGCAAGAAGACUCUGAGAAAUUAAGAAAAGAGCUUCACAAUGGUAAGUUUGAAGAUAACAAUAUGUUCAAAUGUCAGUUGUCAGCAGCAACCCACUAAUCCCCAUUAUAGCUUUUCUAAGUAGGCAAAUAGUCAUUUUUUUUCUUUUAUACUGCAAAUGGAGUCAGUUGUUGUCAAAUGGUACCGAUUAAAAAUUUUCAUAUUUCCUUCAGUCUGUAGACUGUUAGAGCAAGAAAAAAUGUCACACAAUGAUUUAAAGCAGACAUGGGAGAUGGCAAAUGUACAGUUUGUAGAGAAUCUUAAGGUACAAAGUGAAGCUUUCACCAGAGUAUGGAAUGUCUUGACACCUGCUCAGCAAGCUGCUGUUCAGAAAAAACAGGGGCAGCAACAGGAAGAGCACCAGGGAAAAAAACAACAACCACAGGUUGGCCAACUUAUUGAUCUGCAGAGUCCACAGACAUCCCCACAGCCAACUAAUGAACAGGUAAACAUAUUUGAUAAAAAUCAAUUGAAGUGCAGUCACCAAACUUUUCCCUGACUAAUAAGUCUCUAAUUUGGACUUGUAUCCAGUGUUAAAGGGUUGCAUAGUAAGUGUACUUUUCUUUGUUUCAAUUUUUAUCGUAUCAGGAUAAACCUUGAGCAAAUAAAAUACUUACUAAUUAAACCUAUUUAAAAUAAUUUAAAUAUGCUCAGUUACCUUCAGUUUACUUUUUCAUGCCAGCCAUGGUGGAAGCCAGGUCACCCAUCUAGUUGUACUGACAGUAUAGCACAUGAUGGCAUCAUGUUACCACUCUCUCACUGAACCUUUAGUUUAGAUUUAUCAUAGCAUGUUCUUCAUCAUGAUAUGGAAUUGGCUUGAUCAAAUUCUUCAAUGUAUUCCUUCUCCUUGAUCAAUUUUUGAUUGUGUUUCAAUGACUUGUUAUUCGUGUCUAUCCUUGUAGCCUAGCCAUGUGCCUUUAUCUCCACAAGUGCCUGGAGAAUCUGGUUCAAUAUGGGACAGCAUUCCUACAGUUCCUUGCACAAAUGAGGUUUCAUCUGAAAUUAAUAAUCUUCCUGGAACAACAAAAGAGGAAGACAAUGGAGGAAGACUAAAGAGAGUACACUCAGCAUCUGAUGUAACAUGGAGUCGUGAGAGUGAGCUGUGACUAUUAAAUUACUUUCAUGAAUUGACCUGAUUGUAAUGUUAAAUGUGAUAAGCUAGACCUACAUAUUAUAAAUAUCUUUUUUUAUUUUCUCUGUAGCACUUCUGUGAGAGGGGUUCUUGAUCCUCAAAAUUGAUUGGCUAACCAAGUCAUAACUGGUCCUGCUUUUUACAAUACAUUUCAUGGUUGGGAACUCUUUUCUGUCUACAACAACUUUAUUUUGAAGGCUUUGAAUAACUGUGAUUUCAGAUAACAAUAGUGAGGUUUCCAGAGCACAUUCUGAAGAGGAGCUAAAUCCAGAGCUAUCAUCAGGUGCCUUGUCUAAUGUACCUCCAGCUGAUGGACCCAGUUCCCUCCCUUCCAGACCUCCGUUAUCCUCUAAACGAUCUGGGGCCAAAGUUGACUGGAAGAAUUUCCAGGAAGCUGUGAGUUUGUCUGAGAUGUUAAAAGUGUAUUGAUGAAGUGAUGAGAGCUUAACAUUUAUCAUUUUAUCUGAUCCUUUGCAUUCAAUUCUAAAUGUAUGGCUAUAAAUCCAUUUGUAUCUUAGUGAUGUAUCUAUCAAGCUCUCUACUGUCAAACAUUACUGACCCUAGUUCUUAUAUAGUAGUACUAUUCUAUAUAUCCUCCCUCCAUUACAAUCAAAUAAAGUUGUUUAAACUACAUAUGACCAUGAUUUGCUAUUAGAACAAUUGAAGAAACAUUGGUUACUUUAAACUAUUUUGUAAAUGUGUUUUUCUUGGAAUUUUUCUCACUGUUGCAAGAGAUUCCUAGGUGCAUAGCUACUCUCUCUUUCAAAACAUGUCUUAACUGAGACACAAUGAACUGUUAAUCAGAGUUCAAUCAUAUACAUUUAUAUGUGCAUUCUGCAGGUAAAAGUUUCCCAUGAAAGCAGCUUGAACAGAUCUUGUGCCAUGUGUGUUAACUAUGAAAAGCAGCUUCAAAAGAUGCAGGAUGAAAAUCAGAAGUUUCAAAACUUGGCAUCUAAUUUACAAGUGGCUCUGGAUCAAGAAAAGGUACAAUCUCUACCAAAUGUUAAAAAGUUGCUUAUUAAUUUAAUUAAAAAGGUGCUGCAAAUUGUAAUAAUUCUUGCUCUUUUACUUGAACUCAAUUAGUUAGUCUGAUCAGAAAUUAGUUAUGGUUAAUUUUACGUGUUCAUUGGUAUCUAUGAACUACCAAAAAUAUCUUUCUCUUUGGAAAAGCCUGGAAAAUAAAGAUAAAUGGCAAGAAGUCAAAGUGGUAGAAACACCCAGACAGUUCUGUUUUAGGGCUAUAAAUUUAUUCCUCCUUUCAAUUGCAUAUUCCCAAACCUUACUUUUUUUUUAAUAGAAGGAAUUGUUUAAAGAACAAAAGAUGAGAAGCAAGUUGGAGGAGAGUGUGUCAAGUGCUGCAGAGGAUGCACAGAUGCAAAUCAACAAUCAUGCAAUGACAAACAAUAAGUUGGAAAAAUUGAUUGCUGGGCUAAGGGAGAACUUUGAGGCAACUAAACAUGGUGCCCAAACUCAAAUUGUAAGGAUUGCAUAAUCAUCAACUUUUUUCAAGGUUGUUUAAAGUUUUUAGUCUAACACAGUUAAAUGAAAGUCUUUUCAGACAAUUUUAUUGGCUUUACCGGUUGUUUGAAAGUGAUACUGAACAUGAUGAACAAAUUUGCUUAUUUCCUCUGUAGGCAAAGCUUGUAACCUCAAGGGAUCAGUUGAUGCAGGAGGUAACCCUGGCAACGACUUUGUCCAAUUUACACAUUUGAUCAAUUGUACAAGCUGUUUUGCUUUGUCUAGUGUUUUUUAAUUAUAUUUAUUUAUGUUUCUCUAUUGCUGUUAAUUAUUUAUCCCUUUGUUAAACACUAUACACUACAACACAUGUCAUUGUUGGAAUAUUUUUGUGCAUGUUUGUAAUUUGAUGGGAUUUGCACAUUUAUAGCUUUCGCAGCUUAGAACAGAAUAUGCUGCACUGCAAGACAAUGCUAUUCAGCAACUGACUCAUAUGGACUCUGAUGCCAGGCUGGCUGAAAUGCAUGAGCAGUUGAUGCAGAUUAGAGCAGCUUCUGAGGUCACAGAGGAAAAGCUAAGAAGUGAGGUGAGAAGAAAUCAACAACAAAUGAGCUUGUUUUGUAAAGUAAUGUUCAUGUGAUGUUAUGCUUGCCAUGAUGAUCCCAUGAAAUGAUGAAGACUUCACCAUGUUGGUGGAGCAAACCAUCCCUGGAGUGGAUAUAUUUUCUUAAAAUUCAAAUGUGUGCUGAUGUGUAGCAGUUUGAGUGGUGCUAGAAAAGGGAUUCCCCCUCUACUCUUGUGUAUGAACUGUUUUGCAUUAUUUUAAGGUGGCUUUCCUGAAGGAUCGUGUGAUGGCAGAACAAGUUGCAAAGGACAGUCUAGAAGCAAUGCUUCAAGGGGAUGUGGAUAACACAAGGGUUGAACUUGGUAAGAGUGAGUCUUUCAUCAAUUGUAAAUGAAAAUGUUAUUCUGUCUAGAUUCUUCAAUGCUCAUGGGAGCAAAUGGAACAGUUUUUGUUUUUUAAUAUGAGAACCUAAUUGUAUUUAAGAAGUGUGUGUAAAUUUAUCCUUUGGAACUACUCUUAUUUCCCAUUUUAGAGCUUCAAUUGCACUGCAAGAAUUUAUUUACAAUUUCAUUUCUUCCUUCCCUUCUUUCUGGAAAAAAAAGGAAAAAAAAGAAACCAUUGAGAUGUACAUAUGAUUAUCCACCAUUGAUAAAACUUCAACCUAUUCCCCCUUCCAAAAAUUGUUACCUUCAAUUGGAAGUGAAGUUUUUGCUUUAUUUUUAGAGAGACUAAGAGGAGAGUGUGAUAAGGAAAAAAAAGCCAGGGAAGAGGUAUUUGUCAGAAAGUACAGAUGUGUUUUUUGUGUAACAUUAUUCAUUUUGAAUAGGUUUUUAUAGCUAUGUACUUUUUUCAUGUAAAAGAUGUGUAAGUUAAUCAACAUAGUUCAUACAGACAUGAACACCAAAAAGUUGUAAGGUUAACAUUUUAGUGUUACUGUCAACUUUAAGUCACUAGGUUUCGACUGAUAGACCCUUGAGAUUUUAUUGAAAUAACCACCAGUCUAGACAGAUGCUGUACAACUUGAUCAACUGGGAUCUAAAAUGACUGCCUAGUUAAGGUGCUAAAAUUAUGUUGGUGUGAUACACAGGCACAGGCCAGGCUUAACAUGUCUGGUCAGUCCAUAAGGAACACAGAAGACAAAUCUAAACAAGUCAUCAUUGCUCUUAGAGGACAACUGGAUGAAGUUAAUGCAGAAAAGGUAUUAAAAUUUUAAUUUAGUUUUAUCAUCCUUUUCCAAGUGUUCUUUCCAUCAUAAUUCCUUAGGGCUGAUUGUGUGUGCUCCAUCAUUAAGGCAGUAUGCAAAUCAUUGCAUGAGGAAAUUGCAACUUGUAGUAUAGCAUCUUGUCCCAGCUCUUAAGAAUGUCUGAAGCAUUUUUUUUUUCAUGCAGCACUCAGAGCAUUUUAUCAUGAAGUCAUUGUUGCAUGACAUCCCCAUCAUGCUGAAAAUUAAUUCCAGCUUUACCCAAUGAAUUGCUUCAUCAACUUAAAUGCAAACUUUUGGUGUUUUGUAUGGAGUUGAAAAGAUCAAAACAGGUGUUGGGCAUUUCCACAUUAAAAAAAACCCAAGUAGCUGUAUUAAAGUAAAUUCGAUCGAAUACAAUUGUGAUACUAACUUCUGGUUAACUUGUUAUCAUCUUAGUGAAGAAAAUGUCACCCAUUUUUUAUUGCAGACUAAGGCAGAAGAGGAAAGCAAACAAUUGAGAAACCAAUUACAGGCAAUGACUGAACAACUAAACCAAAGUGAGACCGUUCAGAGAGACUUUGUGCGUUUAUCCCAGUCUUUACAGGUGAUUGGUCAAAUUACAGUUAAUAAAGAGCAAUGGUUUUGAUGCUCAGCUGAUUUCUUGUUACACCCUGUUGCGUGUUUUUGUUUUUCCAGUGCCUCCCUCAGGAUCAACCAUUGCAUCAUAUUCCAUUCAGUUGUGUUAAUAUCUUUAUCAAUGAUGAGAGAAAAUAGUUUUUGAUUAAUUUUUUAGAUGCAAAUUGCUCAAAUUCAUGAAUCAGAAACAGAUGUUCGCUGGCAGUAUCCUGAUGACAUUAAAGAAUGUAAAAGUUGCCAAAAAGUAUUGAAAGCAAACAAAGAUAAGGUGGGUGAAAGUAUAAAUGAACUGCUGUUUCACUCUUGUUGACAAUCAGUUCAAGAAAGAUAUAGUUUUUAGGCAAAGAGUUUUCCUUUUGGGAAAGGUGGCCUUGUUUGUAAUUCAGGCUGUCUGACAAAUAGUUCUUUGCAUACAGACCAAAACAUUUCUUGUGAAAAAGCUAUCACAUAAUUCAAUAAAAUAUACUUUGCUUAUUUAUUAUAAUGUGUUUUAUCUUUCUAACCCAGCAAAACUGCCAUCAUUGUGGUAAAAUAUUCUGUGAACAGUGUUUGUCCAAGUCUGUGAUGGGAAGUAAAACAUCGAAGUGGCAUCCUGUGUGUGACAGCUGCUAUGUUAUACUAAACAAGGAUUCUUCUUCAACAUUCUACAACACAACCCUGGCUGAUGAUCAGAGAUGAAUGGUUGUGGACUUGUGUACUGUGGAAGUUCAGGUUAAGGUUAAUUUUGAGAAAGAGUACAAAAUAACCCCACAGUUUUAUUUCUUGCUAAAGAGAACAUUUUAGCUGAUUCUUUACUUUCUAUGAAUUCAUGAAAGAAUCUGAAUGGAUUGACUUUCUCUCGUGAUGAGGGGCAGCAUUCUCUGCCUCUCUUGUAAGUAGAUGAUAUAGCAAAUGUAGGAAAGAAAUGAACACUUCUUUAAGUGCUUGUUUAAAACCUUGGACUAAAUUGCCAACAAAUAGUUUACUAAACAAGUCAUUUAGUAAUUGACAUUGUUGAUCCAUGAUAAUGGUUAACCUAUUAUAUUAAGUCAGGUGCAUUGAUUCUGCCCUCGCUUAGAGGUUGGGGUUGGGUAGAAUUUUACAGUUAUCAUUGUUCUUUAAUCAUGCUAUCAUGAUUAUUAUUAAUAUGGCUAAGCUUCAUUAUAUGGAGGUUUGUAUUAGACAAAACACAACUUGGUCCUGACAUUAUCAGAACAUUACAUUCAUUGGUUACACAAAUUUUGAGUGGGAAUGAAUUUCUUUGAGGAGACAUUGUGCAAAUGUUCUUGUUAUGGUCUGCUUGCCUUACUGAACACCAGGCUGUUUUCCAUAUUUCAAGUUGGACUUCAAUAUUGUAUGUAUAUUCUGAUAUUAAAUUUUUUAUACAUACUUAAACAAAUUAAAUUGUAGAGGUGUAUUAUAUAAAUGGAACUUACAAUAAAGAAUGAAGAUUCCCCACUCAUUCAUCUUAAAUAAUUUAAUUGAACAUUAAAUAAAAGAUGACUUUUUCAGAUAGUUAUGUGCAGAAUAAAUCUUACUCACUCAGGCUAAGAGUAACAGAGUUAAGUUAUCAUAUCAUUUUUGAUAUUUCAUAUUGAUAGGAGUGGCAAGAGGGGAAAUUAGAGGUACAAUGUUAGGAUACAAUUUAAUUUUUCAGGGUGUGUGGAUAAGCAGAAAGUACGUCUUUCCUUGACCACAUCUUCAGUUCUCCUAUGGUGUGGUGCCUUUAUUAGUUUCUAUAAUCUUUGUUUCAUCUUUAAUAAGAUCUUUAAUAAGGAAACACACUUUUGGAAUCUUUCUGUCUCUGUAAUUUUUACAGUACAAUUGUUAACACUUGAUUUUUUCUACUAAAUGUGUGCAACAGAAGAUGGAUUGAAAUAAAGAUCUUCAUAAAUUUGUUUUCAAUAUGCAUCAUUUCAUAAAUUGAUUCAAUCAUUUUCUUAUAGAAUAAGUUAACUUUGGUAACUGGCUUCCUUAUACACACUUUAUUUUUUCAAAUGGUCAUUUUGUAAACUGUUUCUGAAAAUUUAUCUUGGGCUUAUUUAACUUAACAGCCCCUUUCAGACAAAAUAAAGAAAUGAUAUCCUCAUGUGAUAGAAAGACAGCCAUUACAUUGUUUGUAAAGGGGCACUUAUUGUUUUUUAUGUGCUCUGUCAUGGUAUUACAAGAGCCCAUAAGAUUAAACUUAAGGACAAUUAGAAAAAUGAUCAGAAACCUGCCAUAUCCUGAUUGAACAAAUGCUUGAAGAAUAGAUAGUUGUGAAAUAUAAUUAAUUGAAAGGCUG